GUGUGUGUGUGUGUGUGUGUGUGACGCCGAUCAGUUCAGCCGUGAAACAAACACUGUGCUGCAUGCGGCUGCUUCGUCCUAUGACUCCAACACUUACACAUUUAUAAGAAGGAUGGAUGCAGCCGACGACCUGGAUGAAGACGACCUUCUGGACUACGACGUUCAGCUGAGCAUCCAGGAGUCGUGUCAGAGAGAACAUCUUAAGGGGACCGGCAGGAGCGAAGCUCUGAAGCUCGUGGGGGCCAUCAAACAAGGCGACAUGUUGGCACUGCAGCAGCUCUGUGAUUUCCCAGCAGCCUUCAGUCAGGUGGACGAGCACGGCUGGUAUCCUCUGCACAGGGCGGCGGUCCAACCUCUGGUCCUGGUCCUGGAGACGGUCUUGUACGCGUCUUUCAGCCUGACUCUGGAGGAAAAGACCUCGGAGGGUGAGACCUUCCUGACUUUGGCGGUGAAAGCUGGUUUGGUGGAAAACGUGAAGAUGCUGUUGAACCACGGAGCUUCUCCUCACACGACCAACAGCAAGAACGAAUCCCCUCUGCUUUUAGCAGUCCGAGCCAGAUCUUAUCAGAUGGUUUCCAGUCUAAUAGCUGGAGGAGCUCAGGUGGAGCAGGUGUGUUUGAAAAAGUGGACGGCCAUGCACGAGGCCUCCCGUGCCGGCUGUGUUGGUGUCAUGGAGCUCCUGUUGCAGCGCGGGGCUCAGGUGUCAGAGGCAGACCAGUAUGGAGUGACUCCUCUUGGCAUCGCUGCGGAGUACAGCCACGCUGAAGUCCUGGAGCUCCUCAUCAAACACGGUGCCGAUGUCAACGCCCAGGCGCCAAACGGCGACAGCGUCCUGUACGACGCUGCCGGCUCGGGGAAUCCAGACUGCAUCGACAUCCUGCUUCAGCACGGAGCAAAUCCCAACAUCCACAACCUGAGCUCCCAGCUGCCCAUCCACCACGCCGCGUACGAAGGACACUACCUAGCUUUGAGGAUUUUGAUCCCGAUCACCACCAGACGGGCCCUGCGGCUGUCCGGCUGCAGCCCGGUCCACUCAGCCGCCGACGGAGGCCACACUCACUGCCUGGAGCUCCUGCUGCAGAAAGGCUUCGACGUCAACGCGCUGUUAGCGCCUCACAUCUCCGACAACUACGGAGACAUGAGGAGAAGCCCGCUGUACUUUGCCGUCUCCAACGGGGACGCCACCUGCGCUGAGAUUCUGCUGAAGUCGGGUGCCAAACCCGACCUGGACCCGCUGCGCUGCCUCCUGGUGGCGGCCCGGUCGGGGCGCUACGAGAUCGUGAGGCUGCUGCUGGCGGCCGAGGCCGACGUGAACUGCUACUUCACGGUGGUGAACGACACGGCGUUCCCCACGGCGCUGCAGUACUGCCUGAA